AUGAGGGUUCCUCUCCCCCGGGGUCCAUCCCACCUGCUGCUGCGACGGCGAUGGGCUAACAGAAUAACCGCGGGGAGGAGUCUCGCGGGCCCGAAUUUUCACCCCUACAGGAGCGUCACCACUGUGGAGAAGCAGCAAUGGACGCAAACACAGCGGAGGGUGCAAACGCAGCAGAGGACGAACCGGUCGGAAGAUGAGCUGGAGAAAACCAUAAAACUGGUGGAUCAAAUUUUAAAAGAAAACAAUUUCGACGUGUACAUGAAGGGAAUGGGCGAUGGAGGAGUCCCCAAAGCAGCGACAAAAGAGGUAGACGCGUAUAAAUUUCUCCACUUACUAAACAGGAUUCUCCUUCUGAGCAGAGAGGGCGAAGGCUCCUCCGAUGCGAAGACGAACAUAUGGGAAUGCCCGACAUUUUUAAAUCUCCUCGGUUACAUCAGAUUAAAAAUCCCGUCAUUUAACACACACGAGAUGUUCCUCUUCGCCUUGUGUUUCUCAAAAAUACAGUUCAUGCCUCAGAUGCUAAUGCAAGAUUUUCUCUUAACUGUACAGGAGAAAACCUUCUUACAAGGCUUCUUUGAAGAAGACGUAAAUAAAUUUUUUCAGUUUUUUUUUAUCGUUACUAGUAUUAAGAACGUGCGGAUGGGGGAUAAAACGGAUUCUCUGUUCGCUACCUUUGCGAGUAAUUUUGUGCAGGUCGUCUUGGACUUCCUCGCUGGGGGGGGUGUCACCUCUGAGGAAUGCACACCGGGAGAUUUACUCAGCGACUUACCCAGCGACUUACCCCGCCGCUUACCCCUGGAUUGCUACCACCUCCUGUGUGUCGCCCUCCACAACGCAAACGUGAGGAAUGCCCCCCUGAUGCACCGAGUAGGCAUCGAAAUAGUGCACCUCCUAGACAGGCACCACCCCGACCAGAACGACCGAAUCGAUGCGGCGAAGAAGCUCAUUAAUAUCUACCUCGCGUAUGCCUCCCUACGAUGUGAAAAUUACCACCUCUAUGAGAAGCUGAAUACAUUUCUAUACAGCCUUAUUGAGGAACUACCUCUGGCUAGCUGCCUGACUUUGUUGCUAUCCAUAGCGACCCUGAAAGAACAAAACUCUUUUAACUUCCCCCUAUGUAUGCUCUCAUCAUUGGAGAAGCAUUUCUAUUCCAAAUUUUACUCCCUAGAUGAGAAGGAUCUCCUCCUACUGAUUUAUUUAUUAAGUUAUCUCAAUCUGCACGUAGCAAAUACAGAUACGUACGUAUGUAUGCUGGAUUACCUCCUCAAUUUCCACAAAUUUGAACCAUCUCAGGAAGAUGAACGGGUUAAGUUGUUUCAGAUUUAUGUAACCUUGAUGCAGUCAUUCCCGAGUGAAAUAUCAGGUGGGCACUCGGCCGCCCUGUCUACCUUCUGCGACGGAGGGGACAAUGACCCCUCUCCGGGAAGAUCAACACAAGGGGGUGGACUGCACCACGAGACGGCAAGCCACACAAACGGGAGAUGCGGUAAAGAAGUAGAAGCACACGAGUUAGACCAGGCCGCACGCCGAAAUUGCGAUGAAGAAGUAGAAGGACAUGAGUUACACCAGGCCGCACGCCGAACCAUGCUGCAAAACGCCCUACGAAAGAUCCAAGGCAGUAUGCAGAUGGAGCCUGAACAGAGCCCACAAGAAUACGCACAGGAAUUAAAUGAACAUGUGGAUAGCCUGCACGAAAUGCUACUCCAGAUGAGUGGAAACACUUUCUUCAUAAAAAAUUUGAGCAAGAAUAGAGUGUUACAUAACUACUACCUCAGUCAUAUCUGCUUCGAUCUUAAAAAAGAGGAGAGCUCAGAAACGGAGUCUCAAAAAAUUGCUAUCCUUUUUGACACGGACAGGACCCAUUUGUGCGAUAACUCCUUUGAUAUUUACUAUAACAUGAAGCGGAACCAUCUGACUAAGUUAAAUAUAAAGUGCUUCUCGAUUAAUCUGCACCAGUGGAGGGAGCUUUCUCCCGAGGAGCGAAGGCAGUUCAUCGCGUUUGAGUUAACACACAGGUACUUUCCCUGCGCGACUUCUUCUGCGUAG